AUUACCCGCCAGAAGAAUACAUUCCACAUACAGAUUUCCACGAUACGAUAACACUUCUGUUCCUGUAAAACAAUCCAUCUCUGAUGUUCAUUUAAUUGUAUUUAAAAAGAAAAGUAGCUUAAUGGUUUCGUCCUUCCACAGUUUAUAGUCACAUAGUGCCUUCUUUAUUUGAGAAAAAUCAUGGUGGUUGGUUUAGAUGGAAGUGUUAUAAAGGAGUUAAGUGCCGGUUUUGACACUAUAGAAGACACAAAAGCGGGUGUAGUUCAUAUCUUGCAGCAAAUCCGGCGUUUUCAGGAACGGAUACAUAAACAUAUUGAAGAUAAUUAUGUCGAUUUUAUGCCAAAUCACACUACCUCGGAUAUGUACAUUGAGGAAGGAGAACAUUUAUUGCGCGAUACUGAACAUUUAUUAAGUAAUGUGAGCAGCGAUACCCGUUUAGACUUAAAUGAAGCAAACGCCGAAUUAACUCAGUGUAUAGAGGAAUUACGUGAAAUAUCAUUAGGUUUGAAAGUUUCUCAUCGUAUACUAAAAAUUGAUGAUUUUUUUCAGUGCGUUGAAGAAGCAAACGCUACUAAAGAUUAUUUGAUGGUGUUGGAUUUAUUGGGAAAACUAAAAUGUUUAAUAUGCCGUGAAGCUACAUGUGAAGUAGAUCGUAUUUUUCAGAAAUGUGCGUGCUAUGAUACGAUUAAAAUAAAAUAUCAUGUGCAAGCCAACAUUCUUCAACAAAAUCUGCAACAUAAAUUUGAACGUUUACUGCAACUAUCAGAGAAAAAUUUUCCAACCACUAAACACGUUACUGUUCAAGUAUCUAAAGAUGUGGGACAAUUGCAGGAUAUUGUGAUGGCUCUCUUUCAGGCCCGUUAUAAUCCCUUGAAAAUAUGCGAUUUUCUUUUGGAAAAUUGCCUUAUGCCAAUGGUAGUGAAGCCAGUUUCAGUUGAAUUAUUGAAUGAUAAUGAAGAAUAUACACAACUUAAUAUUUCAUAUUCUCUUAAAGAGUUACUGAAAAGCUUAAAGCCGUCUUAUAAGGAAGUAUUUGCUAAUAUACAAAUGUUGCUCGAUUGUUUGACAAAUAUAAAUGUUAAUGUAUUUGCUGAACAACAUGUUUUCACCAUUAUUGGUGGCCAAAUCAAGGAUCGCCUCUUAAAGCUAAUUGUUGACGAAUGUUUAAUGGAUUCUAUACCAGCGACUAUGGAUGAAUAUCAUAAAUCGACACUAGUGCAGGAUGUUUUAAGAUUUGAGCAAACAUUGGUCGAUAAUUUCUUUAUUCAUGCCGAAAUGGAUUGUACACUAACUAACUUUACAAAAAAAUUCGAGCAAUUAUUUCGUAAUAGAUUCAAUAAGAAAGUGUUAGAAACUGCCAGAGAAAUAAUGCAUAAGGAUUUACAAGACAUGACCGUCGUAGCUGAAGGCAUUACAGCCGAGGAUGUGGUAAAAAAUCCCUUUCUAUUUCCGCAAUGCAUGAUCUCAAAAUGUACUUUGGAUUUAAUAAAACUUAUGGAACAUAUAUUGAAGCAAUUAAAUAACAGUGCGGAAGAAGAGGAAGAAGAACCGGAGCUUUUAGCAGUUAUACCCGUCAUAUUAAAUACUUACAUUAACGAAGUGCCAAAAACUCACAAAAAUCUUCUGGAAAGCAUUCCGCAACAAUCUGUCUUAUUUUUCAACAAUUGCAUGUUCUUAGCUCACUGGGUAGCGAAAAAUGCCGACGCUUGUAUACCCACUCAUCCGGCUUUGGUGAAUACUUUGCAUGCAACUGGCACGAAUAUCUUUAAGGCGCAGAUUAUAUAUCAACAAAAGAUUCUAGCAACAAUUCUACGUGAAUUUGAUAUAAGCGAUCCACAUUCCAUUGGUUCCCGUCCCUUUAAACUUACACGUCAAUGCCUGCGUCAAUUGGAUGUAUUGAAGAACGUUUGGCGUAAUGUUUUACCGGACAGCACGUAUAAACAAACAUUCUGCGAUCUAUUGAAUGAUUUUUGUCUGGACAUUAUGAAACGUGUGUUGUUGCUUGAAGACAUAUCAACUACGGUUGCUAAUGAGUUAAGUGAGCUUAUCGAAGUUAUUCUAAACGUAUCUCCAACAUUAUUUAAGGAAAAGCAUGAGGUUUUAUGUGUUCCUUGCUGGAUGAAAUUACGUCAAUUAAAAAUGAUUUUGAAUGCUUCAUUGCAAGAAAUCACUGAACAAUGGUGUGACGGAGCAGGCAUUUUAACAGCUCAUUAUAAGGAAGCGUUCGGAGUAAGAAAUUAAAAACGUAGGUGCAACGAAUAUUAAUACUGUUACGAAAUUUAGUGUUCUGAUACGGUGCGUAUCACAAGAUCGUGGUUUUCCCUUUUUUCAGGAGAAAUACACUUGCACGUUUUCACUUCGA